AUGGCCCCAGUAUUCAGGUCUCAUUCUACCGAGGACACCCCGGGCUCACGGAGACGGGCACGCGGCUCGUCCGGGAGCCCGCCCACUGAGCAGGCCGGACGCUCUCACUCCAGAGGCCGUGAGGGCCUCAAGCCUUCAUGGGCCGCGUCGGGCCCGGGCGCUGCUUGCCGCCUUAGGCGCUCUGGCUCUCGAGAGCGGCCCCCGGCGCUGCACGACUAUACCUUCUCAUCGUCUUUAAGCUACUACGGCGGAUACCUCCACUAUCACCAUCACCACCACUAUGCCGGCGACCGGCCGUGGGUGGAAGACUAUGAGGAGAAGGAAGAGAGUUACAGGCAUAGGAGGCUGAAGGAGAGAGAGAGGAUUGGGGAGCUGGGGGCGCCUGAGGUGUGGGGGCUGUCUCCCAAGCUUCCCGAACCGGAUUCUGAUGAGCAUACCCCAGUUGAAGACGAAGAGGACAAGAACCAGAAGAGUAGCGGUUCGGAUUCCACCUCCAAAGAAAAAAGGAAAAAGACCAGUCGAACACAAAACAAGAAAAAAAGAAAGAAAAAGACCAAAAGAAAACAUAAGAACUAUUCUGGUAAUAGUGACAGUAAUUCGGACUCUGACACCAGUUCCAGCCCUGAUGAUGACAAUGAAAAGAAAAUCAAAAAAGCCAAGAAGAAAGAGAAAAAGAAAAAACAGAGAUUCAAGAAAAAGAAGAAAAAGAAGAAUAAGAGGUCUAGAAAAGAAUCCAGUGACUCAAGCUGGAAAGGUUCGGAGGAGGAGUUGCCAGAAGGUGUGUGGAUGAAGCAGUCAAAGAUUGUAGAGACCAUGGAUUUAAUAGGCCCAGAAGCACCUAUGAAACAUUUUAAUCAGGACGAAAAACCUUUGAACUAUGGCCAUGCUCUGCUCCCUGGUGAAGGUGCUGCUAUGGCUGAGUACGUGAAAGCAGGAAAGCGAAUCCCACGAAGAGGUGAAAUUGGGUUAACAAGUGAAGAGAUCGCUUCGUUUGAGUGCUCGGGUUAUGUCAUGAGUGGGAGCAGGCAUCGCAGGAUGGAGGCUGUGCGGCUGCGGAAAGAGAACCAGAUCUACAGUGCUGAUGAGAAAAGAGCCCUUGCAUCCUUCAACCAAGAAGAGAGACGGAAGAGAGAGAAUAAAAUUCUAGCUAGUUUUCGGGAGAUGGUGUACAGAAAGACGAAAGGGAAAGAUGACAAGUGA